GAUCGCCGCCCUGACUGCCUCGGCGCACGGCUUCAGCUCGACCCCGAAGACGCCCUCGGGCUGUCCUGAGGACCUCUUCGGCUAUGUGGACCCGUACACCAUGGCCGUGGUCGACUCGAGCGUGGACCCGCUGGUCCUCGCCGACAAUUUCGGCUUCGGCCCGGCCGGCGGCGACUUCCUCUACACUGCCACGAAGGCGGCUGUGCUUCACUACCUCCCGUUCCGUAGCGCCGUGCCCAACGCUACCGAGACCCUCACCGAGACCUUCAGCGCUGCCCCGGGCAUCACGGGCGAUGGCACCUGCCUGCGCCCUGGUCCGCCGGGAUGCGGCCAGUACGUCAAGACCACCUACGAAACGGGCUGCCCGUUUCUUGGCCCGGACGCGGACCUGAUCCUGGGCGCCAUGUCGAACGAGAACGAGGGCCUGAACGAAGACUUCACCUUCACCGGCUGCACCGCGGUGGCGCAGGAGACGCACUGCUUCAUGGGGUUCAGUGAGGAGGGCUUCGCUAUCAAGGUCGACUGCUCGGUGUGCGAGGCAGAGCGCCGCAAGCUUGCGUCCAAGGAGGCUGUCCCGCUCUCCAAGUACCACCCGCUCGCUUAAGUCGGAGCAGGGAUCGCGGCGUGCGUCGAUCGCGGCCGGGCGCGUCCUGCACCCCGUGAAUGCCGGCUCUAGUAGGACCUCAGAAGGUGUUGCCUCUAGUUCGAAUCCUUAGCCCAUCCCCAUGCGUGUGCCCGGUCGGGUAUGUGGGGUGGCCGCGCGCGGACAGCAAGCUUCACUUU